ACGAUGCAACGCGUGACGCCCUAAGUGGAAACUCAGCCAUACGCGUCAAGUUGACGCCAAUCUUCACAUCGGGAAAAAAAGCAAAUGUUCACGGUUGUGAAAGAAAGUGGCGAGAAGCUCACAAAAAGUUUGGAGAGUAAAACUCGCAUGGAAGAUUGUAUCGAGAUUAAAGAUAUAUUUGCCAGUUUGCCUAUUCAACGAAGGAAUAACAUUAUUAUAAAAAAUUAUGCGACGAUAGACGUUAUAUAAUUGGCGUUACAAUACGCAGCCUCUUAUAAUAACCGCUGCGUAUUCGCAUGCAACACGCGACUCAAGAGGCACGUAUUCAACGAGGAGGCUUCAAAAAACUAAGUGCAGGAUAAUUUCGCUCUUGUUGAAGAUUCUUUUAUGGACUAAGAAGAGACGAUGACAUCGAAAAAGGAAUGUAUUUUAUGUCGACCCUGUUGUACCAACUGGCAACUUAACAGAUGUAACUGAAAAAAUAUCAAUGGAGACUCUACGGAAAUAUCCGCCUCUACCUAUCUUGAAUCGUAUCUGCACCAAGGAGAUAGUUCUUCCAACGACAAACGUUCUCAUACCGGAAGGGACCAUGAUUACUAUACCAGUAUUCGGAGUGCAACGAGAUCCAUCAAUAUAUCCGGAUCCGGAUAAAUUCGAUCCUGAACGUUUCAACGAGGACCAAGUGGCGGCGAGACAUCCUUACGCUUACUUAGCUUUUGGAGAAGGACCGCGAAUCUGUAUCGGUGCAAGAUUUGGUUAUGUUCAAAUAAAGGUUGGGAUUAUAACUGCUGUCCAAAUACAAGUUUAAAGUGCAUUCCCAAACUUCUGUACCUCUAAUUUUUUAUAAAUAAGCAGUUUUGCUCAUGGUCAAGGACGGUAUACAUCUUAUUAUUGAAUCGCUAUAGACUAAAUGCGGCCUUUACUUUUAGAUGAUAAAAGGAAUUCUGAAUAUGGCUUAGAGCUAAGUGUUAUUUAUUAACAUCAAAAAGGAGAUACUGGUUCUCUAUUAAUAAAUAUUAUAAGAGAAUAUUAAAUUAGAGAAGUAAAAUGUUUUUUCAUAUAUUUGAAAAAUCGUGUAUAUGGAUAUAGGAUAUCUAUACAAAAUAUUUUUGGUAACACAUUUAAAUAUCCUCUAAUAAUAUCCUUAGACAUCCUGGAAAUGCUAAAAAUGAUUCAUGUUUGCCCAAAAUCUUCUCCUAAGGGUCUAAACUCAUUUGUUGAUUUCUGAAAUGGAAUUAUAUGGUUUUUUGCGAUUAUAUAUACCUAUAUAUUGUUAUUAAUGCGCACAAUUUAACUAUUAAUGUGAAGUUGAAAAAUAUAUUACAAUAUAAUGUAAUUCAAAAGUAAGAUCGUAGUACAUGUCAUAAAAUUUAAA